AAAUUACCGCCAAGAAGCCCCAGACUUGGACCGUAGUACGAACGCAGUAUCCCGUGAGCGAAUGCGCAAGAAUCCCAUUGAAGCGACGAUCACAAGCCAAGCCCCAAUGCAAGAUCUACCAUCGAACCUAAAAAGGGAAAGGUUAACCUGA